AUGAAAGCGCCAGAAGACACUACACGGGGCGAAGUCAGUAAUAGUAGCGCAAAUGGUGCCACCCCUUCACAAAACCGACGACCCCGAAAACUCCGACCUCCACCGAAGCUUGGAAAGCGAACGACUCCCUCAGACGGACAAAGUGAAGGAGGCCAGCAGAGACAAAAUGGGACUUCAGAAAGAUCAAAUUCCAAUGAAGAUCUAGAAAUACCGAAUGGUGUUACCUAUGAGCAACGCGAGGGUAGUUUGAAUAUUCCGAAUCAAGGGCAACCACCCGAGAAACGGAAGACAUCCCCACGACCCAGGACACAUCAUCAGCGGACGACUGUCCGCCGAGAGUCGGCCCAAUCCGCCGAACCAGAUCAAACUCAAGUGGUCGAACGCGAACAAAGAUCCAACAGCCCAGGAGGCCAGGUCCGAGAGACACGCGUUCAGCAAAUGCUUAGUCCUAAAGUAAACGGUCAAGAAGUUGUUCCAGCCCAAGGCCAACAUCCAGGGCAAUCGGAAGGGGUUCUUUCAAAUGGGACGAAUGCAAAUACUGGCCAAGUGAUAGAAACCACUGAGGCAGUUACGGAUUCCAAGAGCAACGAUCAGUUGAAACUGAGGCUGGAUUUGAAUCUUGACAUUGAGAUUGAGCUGAAGGCUAAGAUCCGCGGAGAUUUGACCCUACAAUUACUACAGUAA